AAAAACAUGUAUGCUUUUAGGUCUUCCGUUCGAGUUCGGCGCUCGGCUUAUUUCCCUAAGAACUUCACUGCGUGCUCUGAAGCCUGCGCAUGCGCACUUUUAGCGAGGGGCAUUUAAUUGGGAGCCGAAUUUCAUGCUACACCGUGAAAAACUACGGUCCGCUUUGAAACUGCCCACGCGCAAUUCCGAAGCCGGUAGAAUUCUCCACUAUUGACAAGUUCCAACUCCUACUCUUCUCGCUCCGCCCAGGUGUCAACGGCGCGGAGCUCGAGUGUGCUGAUAGUGCAGAAUGGAGAGCGACUGGACCGUAGACUGGACCGUAGACUGGUCUGUAGACUGCCCUGUUCCUGAUUCCCGGACAGAGAUUAGGACGGCCACACCCCUUAGCUCUCAGACUGGACUUGUGGACUCAAACAACAGUUCUGAUAAGCCGGUGUUGCUAGCAGAUGAAGAAGGGGACAGCUCCACAGAUGAUGAGGAUGUUGCAUAUGCCGCAGAGCCAGAUCCAACAGCCGUUACAGAAGCCCCAGUGACAACGUCAUCGGAACCCCCAACCCAACAGGAACUAAAGACGUUGAUUGCUCAGCAUGGCACUAGCUCUUCCCAACUGUUCGUCAGCCAAUUUCCACACAAGUACAACUUUCAGAAGGCUGUCUGUCAGAUGGAGAGCUGCCAUGUCAUGGCCUGCUCUGAGUGGCUGGGCUGCCUCAUGGUGUCACAACAGCCCUCUCCCGGAGGUGUCCUUACUGGGUGUGGUGUGAAUAAGCUAAAUGUGGCCACUAUGGAGAGCGAGCAAUAUAUUCCCAUCCAUUCCAAACAGAUCCGUGGUCUGGCCUUCAACUCGCGCUCUGACGGCCUCCUUCUCUCCGCUUCUAUGGACGGCACAUUGAAACUGACCAGCCUUCUAACGAACUCAGUGGUGCAGACCUGCAAAGCCGAGCAGCCGUUAUGGAGCUGCUGCUGGUGCUCUGAUGACUUCAACUAUGUUUAUGCCGGUCUGAUUAGUGGCUUUGUGCUGGUGUACGACCUGAGGAACACAAGCAAACCCGUGCAAAAACUGAGGCUGUGGAACUCUCGCGCUCCAGUGAUUACUCUCUCCUACAUGCCUCGUGCCAUCUCUGAGGCCUUCCCCUGUGGAGGAUUGCUGGUGGGGAACCUAAAAGGAGUGUGUUUUUGGGAGAAGAAGGAUGCCCAGUACACUGCACACGUACUGCCCCUGGAUUCCAGUGGAUGUACUGACAUCCAGACAGAGAGCAGCACGAGGCAAUGCCUGUUCACUUUCCGGCCAGAUCAUACCCAUAAUUACAUGCGCUGUGUAAUGAUGAAACUCACCAAAGACAGCCUGGCGCAUUCUGCAGAUAAGUACAAAUGUUCCUGUUGCCCAGUACAGACCUUCAAAGGGGGGACCACCUGUAGACUUGUUACCAAGAACGCCAUAUUCCAGAAUCCAGAUCUUGGCUGCGAUAUACUGGUGUGUACUGGAGACGAAUCCACCAAAUCUGCCAUGCUCUGGCACGCCAAGAGUGGCAACCUCAUUCAGAGACUACCAGCUGACAAACCGGUGUUGGACAUCUGCCAUAUGAAGGUGAACCAGACCAACCUGCUGGCCACCCUGACAGAAAAGAAGGUGAAAAUCUACAGAUGGGAGUGACGGACAGACGAACAGAUUCACCAUGGUGCCCUCUGUCCACAAUGAGCUGCAUUCACUAUUGUGACUGAAAUAUUUUUGAGUUCCUAUAGAGAACCUGCAGUGUGGGAAGAUUAUUAUUUAUCAUAAUUGUAUUUGUGUUUAGUAGAUGGAAACCGUUUAAGGACAACCACCGGGGGAGGACGGCCAAACACCUCAUGUGGCCUCUGUAGACAUCUGUGUUCAUCUCAUCAUAUGAGAUAUCUGUCUAUGAGAUUUCCUCUCACGUCUGGUUUCGUCUUUAGGACUGGAAGUGUAGCGAAAUCUCCCCAGUGGCACACAGAUAUAAAAUAAAUCCUGACAGGGACUUUGACCUUCCCCUCGCUUUUGUUUGUUUGUUAAUUUCCCAUCGCUGUUGGACUGUUCACUUCAGUGCUCACUGUUGUGGUUUAUAAUACAUUUUCGAUUUUAUUUAUGGCUUAUCUACUUGAUGAGAAAUUUGAUUUAGAGAUUCAGUCUGCUUUUUCCAGUGAUCAAACUGCACAGAACUCCAGGGAUGAUUCCCUUAAAAAAACCUUUUUUAAAUCAUAAAAAAUUGACGAUUAAGUAUUUAAACAGAAAGUGGGACGUAUCCUUAUUAAAAUCUCAUAUUGAUCACAAGGUCAUCCCGAGAGGUCUGAGGGAAAAAGUGGUCCCAGCAAGACAUCUUCAUUCACCUAGAUUCCUAGAUAUCUGGAAAAAAAGUUGCCAGGAUCGUGGAAUAGAGGGUAUGCGACUAAUUGUGGAGGAAGAACUCCUACAGUUAGCUGAAAUAUAAACUUAAAAUAGAUAAAGCAUAACAAAUCUCUGAAGAAGGAAGUAGAAAGAACACAAAAGAACCUUAGAACUAAUAAACAGGAAAAGUUAAAACAAAAUAUUCUUGAUUGGGAAAAAAAAACAAAAACGUUUUUGACUUGUCUAUUCAGAGAGGCAGAAGUCACUCGCAGAGAGGAAGAAAUGGAAACAACAUUAGCUAUUGCUAAUAAUAAUUCUUCGACAGAUAGCAAUUAGGAAUCAGUUGUAAAAGCGGUGUCUUUUUUAGAGAAAAAUCAGGUACCAUAAAAAGUCAAACUUCAAAGAGAGGCAGACGAAAAGCCAAAAUGCAUGUGAUAGACAAAGACAGGGAAAAGGAUCAGGGAAAAAAUACAAGGGAACUCAGAGCAAGUACACGAAGGCGGUAGUAAGCACUGACCAACAUUUAGUUCACGACUCUUCCAUUAUGGAAAUCCCUGAUCUCAAGGUGGUUAAUCUUACUGAAUUUCCCUUAAACAACUAUCAUGUUUCUCUACUUAAAAGGGGACUCUCCUUCUCUCCUAAAUCAGCCAUGAACGGGUUUGAGGUUUUUAAGGAUGGUAGCCUCUUUUUACACAAAGUUAUUUUUAGAUACUGGCAUAAUAACCGCCAGGACUCUCAAAAUAUCAAUCAAAAUACCAAAAAAGGAAGCCCUAGGCAUCCUUGUUUUCUUACUUCAGGAAAAUUCAGACUCGGACUCUGAUCCAGAGCCCCCCCAACUACAGCUACAGACCCUCAAAUUUGACCAUCAAAUCUGUAAAGAUGCCUCCUCUAUCUAAACACAAAUGGAUUUGUUUAUUUCUGGACCAGGUCCAAAAAGAUCUCUCUAAAAUCAAUUGGAACUGAAGGGGACCAGAUAAUCUUUCUAACCAAGAGAGAAUAGCCCUAAAAGAACUCAAGAAGCUCCCAAUAUAGUAAUAAAGGGGAGCGAUAAGGGUGGAAAUAUUGUUUUACUCUCAGAACGACAAUAUGAACAGGAGGUUAUGUGACAAUUGUCGGACACCUCAACGUACUGUAAGUUGACUUCCAAUCCCUUUCCCCUGAUUGUUCAGGCCCUUAAUCAAAAAUUGUUCUUUGCAUUUGAGGCAAAUCUAAUUACAAAAAAGUAGCAUGACUUUAUGAUGGUUCGUGAGUUCAAUACACCUACAUUUUAUACUAUCCCCAAACUCCAUAAAUCGACAACCAAUCCACCCGGUAGGCCUAUAGUGUCUGCCAUCAAGGUCCCCCUAGAAAGAAUAGGUAAAUAUACGGAUGCCCUGAUCAAACAAUUAGUACAGAACCUACCGUCCUUUGUUAGAGACACUAGGGAUGUCCUGAGUAGACUUGAGGACGUCUGCUGUCCCAAUGACGCUAUCCUUGUGGGGAUCGACGUGGAAUCACUAUACACGUCGAUCCUCCAUUAGUGGGGACUCCUGGGAGUAAAAUAUUUUCUGGAACAGAGUUUCCCGCUCCUAGGGGCACAAAAUGAGUUCAUUAUGGAACUAUUGGAAUUCGUGUUGGUCAACAACUGUUUCCAGUUUCUGGGUUCCUUCUAUAAGCAGCUGAGAGGCACUUCGAUGGGCGCACCUUAGGCACCUUCUAUUGCUUGCAUCCACCUGGGCUUUUGGGAGGAGGAGGUGGUCUAACGGUCCUCUUUGUACCUCAGCCACAGUAGGUUGUGGCUGAGGUACAUUGAUGAUGUACUUUGGGUGUGUGGGGGGGGGGGCACUGUCCAAUAACUGGACCCUUUUCUGGAAGAACUUAAUACUAACAACAGAAAUCUUAGACUUACAACCAUCACCAGAAUACUGUGCCCUUCCUUGACCUAACCAUAGGCAUACACAGAGAACGAAUAGUGGCUAAAACCUUUCGUAAACAGACCACAGCCAACACGCUCUUGGAGGCCACUAGUCAUUAUCCCCACUUUCUGAUCCAGGGAAUUUUCGUUGGGCAGUUCUUUAGGAUCAGAAGGAACUGUACAUUGGAUAGUAAUUUCCGCAGAGAGGCUUUGGAGCUGUAUGGAAGAUUUAGGGAAAGGGGCUAUUCACACAAGUCAAUCAAGGGCUAAGAAAAGGGCUUUCAAUACCGACAGAAAAUAACUCCUUAAUUCCACUCCGCAAGCAGAACAGGUUGGUUCCCAACAAUCGCCCAUUAGAAUUAUCACUAAAUUUGGUUCACGAUGGGAACAGGUAAAAAAAUGUCCUUACCCGACAUUGGCACAUCUUGCCUGAUGCGCCAAUACUCUGUGAAUUUGUUGGUGAACGCCCCUUGAUGACAGCACGUAGAUCCCAAAACCUGGGGGAUACCCUCUCUCAUUCUGAGUAUAUAUAAACAGAAACUGGCUGGCGUAUUUUCCCCCCUCAAGAGCAUGUUUGCGUGCAGUAAGUGUUCCAUAUGUAAAUACGUGAAUAGAAGGGAUGUGUUCUUUGAUUCUGAUGGUAAGAAACACUUAAAAAUGUGGAAUUUUAUCAACUGCUCCACGACACGGGUGAUCUACAUGAUCACCUGUCCAUGCAGUAAAAUAUACAUGGGCAAAACGAAGAGACAGCUUAAAAUCAGAAUCAGUGAGCACGUACAGAGUAUCAUUAAAAAGGAUGAUGAGCACCUUUUGGCGCUACAUUUCCUUAAGGCACAUGGUGGCGACCCCAGUGGACUCCAAGUUAAAGGUAUCUACAGAUUGAACCUACCCCUCAGAAGGUAUAAUUUUAUAUCAUAAAGAAAAAAAAGUCAAUCUAUCUUUAAAUGCCCUACAGCCUUCAGGCCUAAACAAGUGCAAUCUCUCUGUUUUCUUGGAAUUAUAAAUAUCCCUUAUUUCCCGCUACACAGGGUCAGACCCAUUGUCUUUAACUGGGUCUGAUAUCACUGUUUAUCUAAUUCUUUGGUUUUCUUAUUUCUGAUCUCCUUUAUUAUUCUCUGUUUCUUCUUCUAGAUGGUCCCGCCACAUUACUUUUGUAUUUGUAACAUCAAUCCUCUGGUUGUAUUAUAAUUCCUCUCCUGGUUUUAAAAAUGUUGGGUUAAUUUUGAAUGCUGUUUCUGGUGAUUACUUGCUGUAUCAGCUUGGAAGUUUAUCACACUUCAGUUUUUCUAGAUCUUUAUUAGCCAACCUACUGUUAUUAUUUAUCAUUUAUUAUUAUUUAACUUAUGAAUUUCUAUGUUUUUUUGUGAACUUUUUAUGCACGGUGAACAUUAUUGGGUAUGCUGUUCUUGAAGCAGGACAUCCCCACAGCGAUCUUGAAUGCUUGGUGUUAAUUGACGAAUGUGGGCAGUCAGAAUGAAACAAUGUGAUGCUAAUUAGAUUAAUUUGUUUUACUAUUUAAUGGUCUAUAUCCCAUAGUUCCUCUAGCUCUGAUGAAAUUUGCUUGACGAAUGAAACAGCUAGACGCCCCUGCGCACACAGUGUGUUGACCACAGACCCCCCCCCCCCCCUUCCCCCUUGACCUGCAUGGAGAUGAGCCGAUUUCUCAGUAACACAGAGGUUUCUCUCAGGACUCAAGCAGCUGCUGCAGCAGGACCAUCAGUAACAUAUGUGGGUGAGACAAUUUAUUCCCUAUGGUGAUGGACAUACCGCUGGCUAUACUUUACCUACAGAUAGACAGUAUCAGUAAAGCCCUCAACUAUCUGCAGAUUAGUGCCCUGCUGGAGGAAACAAGCUUCCAUCUGUGCCUAAUCACACAGGCUCACUUGUGAACACUGACAAGUCUGCUUACUCGUAAGAAGAAAAACUUUCUCUAAACAAACACAGCAACGGCUGUGUGACUGCUUGUACUAUCAGUGGAUGGACUGCUAUCUGCUAUUACUGAUCCUUUUUUCCCACAAGCAACGGCGGUACAGCCUAUAUAUUUUUUCAUAUUUAUAUUGAUGUCUCUUUUCUGAACAUAAGAUACCGGCAUAUUCAAUAGUCACGUGUUGCAUGCUUCCACCUGUGCCUACUUACACAGGACUUGGUAAGAGAAGGGGAUCCACUCCUUCAUUUCCACUUGUUCAUCAUCCUCUGACCUUAUGCUGGCUGCUUCAUACUGUUGAUCUAUCUGAACUUAACGGCACAUCCAACUGUCAGCAAGUGAAGCAAGCUUCCACCUGUGCUUACUCAAAUGGGACUUGGUAAGAGAAGCAAAUUGACUCCUUCAUUCCUACUUGUUUAUUAUCUUCUGACUUUCUGCCAUUUGAUUCACAUUAUCUACACACUCCUGAAGUAUCCAGUGUUUUCCAGUGUAGCCCGGGAACUACAUUGUGAGAUAACAGCUAAGGAUAACCUAAACCUGUAUCAGCACUUCAGAACAUUGCCCAUGUCUUCCAACCAGUAUUGUGUUAUUUAUGACUGAACUUUAUUUUCACAAUAUAUUAUUAUCCCAGCAUUGCUUUGGAGCUGAUCUGCUCCCUGUCUGUGUCCUUCUCCUCCAUUUAUGCAGGACUAACCGUGUGUGGUCAGCAUAUCAUUUUAGCCUUAUAGCUGUUGAUUUAUUUAAACUUGAAGAAUUAUUUUGUAGCUCUUUACUAGUAGCCAAUCUAAGCCUACCAGCUGGUUUUCUUUCUAUAGGAGUUUGACUAAAUGAGCGAUGUGUCUGUGGUGAUCACUUAAUAAUGUUUAACUUUGUGUUGAAGGUAUCCUUUUUUACAUAUAUAUAUUCAUAUUGUUGGUGGAAUUCAAUAAAGAACUUUAUUUAAUUUUUCUAUAA